UGUCCACUGUCCCCCUCUAUUGAUUGACACUGUUCUCAUGUCUAUAGGCCCUUUAACUACGAAGCUAUUACAAAAACAGCGCCCACUGAGCUAUAGCAAAAAACGAAGAAAACGUGCACUUUCCCCACGGUCCCUUACUGAAAGCUCCGCUGAGAGCGAGCUUUCCCGGCUUAAUGCACAUUGCGCGGCUUGUGCGGGACAGUGCUUAUUAUAUAGAGCGAAAAUACUGAAAAAGAAGGCUGUGAAACAUGAUCAGCUUUGCCCUUUUGUCGGUCACGCCAUUUAGACUUUUUUAGGGCAAGUCGUUUUGAAGUUAUUGGCGUUUAUCGCUGAAUGUGUCACGAAUAUCGAAAACAAAACCAACUUAACCCCGCUCAGAAGAAGUGUUGCUAUGAUGAUGUCAGUCAGAAUGGCUCCUCAUCUUCCUCUGAUCUUUAUGCUCAUGAUUCACGGGGUUUCUGGUACUGGUUGGGGUGUGAGUUACAGUCAUUCACACAUCUGUGCACUAAAGAACUCAUCAGUGAUAAUGAACUGCACUUAUACAUACCCUACUGGACAUCAGAUCAUGAAAGUGUUCUGGACCAAAAACCCUGUAAAAGUGGGUGAAGAGUAUCCAGAUCUGUCUGAGAAUCCUGAAUACAGUCAGAGGCUUCAGUAUCUGGGAGAUAAACAGCAGAACUGCACCAUCAGACUGAGUCAUGUGACACAGAAGGAUUCACACGAGUACUGUUUCAGAUUCACUACAAAUGUAACAAAAGGAAGAUGGAUUGGUAAACCAGGAGUGACUCUUACUGUCACAGAUCUUCAGGUGGAGUCUCCUGAGAGAGUGACAGAGGGAGAUUCAGUCCGUCUGACAUGUAAAAGCAGCUGCGCUCUGACUGACGGAGCAACAUUCAUCUGGUACAGAAACUCACAGCCAUUAACUGAGAGAAGAGACAGAAACAAUCAACUCCUGCUGCAGUCAGUCAGAAGAGAGGAUGCAGGCAGAUAUAGCUGUGCUCUACAUGGACACAUUUACAUCUCUCCUGCUGUUUAUCUCAGUGUCACGUACCCACCCCGGAAUGUCUCAGUGUCCAUCAGUCCAUCUGGUGAAAUAGUGGAGGGUGAUUCAGUGACUCUGAUCUGCAGCAGUGAUUCAAACCCACCUGCAGAAAUCAGCUGGUUUAAGGAGGAUCAAAGCUCAGCUGUUGGAUCUGGACAGAGUUUCAGUGCUCUACAGAGUGGACGCUUCUACUGUGAGGCUCACAAUCAACAUGGAUCUCAGAGAUCAGACUCUGUUACUGUCACUGUUAAAGGACGUCUGGUGAUAUUAUACAUAUCCAUUGGAAUGGUUUGUGUAGCAGCAGCUAUCAUCGCAAUGGCGCUGAUUUGGAGGAGCAGGAUGAAAAAGAGAAAUGACACUCAGGAGUCUCAGAUGAAUCAUUCCAGAAGUCAUCAUGACAAACAUGAAGCUUGUGAUGCUAAGAUGAAUGAACCUGUUUAUGAGAAUGUAGGGCUUGAUAAGAAGAGACCAUAGUGUUUGGGAAACCUGGUGAAACAUUUUAUAGCAUUUUUGUAUCUCUUAUGUGUGGAGCGAAAGUAUGUGGAGGAGCCCUGAAAAGCUCUGAAAGUUUAUAUACAAGUAUAUGUUAUUGUAAGUCUGUUUUUUUUUUUUUUUUUUUUUUUACAGUUUGUAUUUUAUAUUUUGUUUGCUUCAUUUAAAUGUUUUCAGAUGCUUUUUUUUUUUUAACCUUAUUACAUUGUUUGUGUUUUCAAGGCAGAAAAUAAAGAUCUGAUCUGAAAGAUCUGACCACAAUAGUUUGCAAUCUUCUGUCAUUCAAUUCCUCAGUAUAACAGCAUAAAUAGCAAUACAGUACAUUAAGAGAUUGUUAGA